GUACAUCUCUCUCUGCCUCACUCACAGACACACAGAGAAAAACAAUGGCCAAUCACGCUAAAACCGCAUCACGAAAUGACCGAUUUGCCCUUUUUCUCACAACUCUCUUUUUCCUGAUCCUAACCGUUUCCAAACCGGUCAUGGCUCAGAACUGUGGCUGCGCGUCUGGCUUAUGUUGCAGCCAAUAUGGUUACUGUGGCACGACCGACGAAUUCUGCGGCGAUGGCUGCCAGGCAGGACCUUGUCGGAGCGGUGGUGGAGAUCCUGCUGUUUCACUUGAAGGAACGGUGACACCAGAGUUCUUCAACUCUAUAACAAACCCAAGAGGUGGUUGUGCAGGUAAAGGAUUCUACAGCCGCGACACCUUCAUCGCAGCAGCUAAUUCGUACCCUAGCUUCGGUGCUUCCAUCUCCAAACGUGAAAUCGCUGCGUUCUUCGCUCACGUCGCCCAAGAAACAGCGUCCCUGUGCUACAUUGAGGAAAUCGAUGGACCAGCCAAGGCCGAAAAAGGAGAAUACUGCGACUUAGCGAAACAAGAGUUCCCAUGUGCACCAGGAAAGGGCUACUAUGGUCGUGGUGCGAUCCAGCUCUCUUGGAACUACAACUACGGUGCCUGUGGAAGAGACCUGCAAGAGAACAUAUUGGCUUCACCAGAGAAAGUGGCUCAAGAUCCAGUUCUUGCCUUCAAGACCGCUUUCUGGUUCUGGACCACUAAUGUUCGCACGAGUUUUAAAUCGGGCUUUGGCGCGACUAUCAGGGCUGUGAAUAGUAGGGAAUGUGCCGGAGGAGAUUCUACAGAGAAAGCCGCCAAUAGGGUUAAGUAUUUCCAAGACUAUUGUGCCAAGCUUGGAGUCCAACCUGGAGAUAACCUCACUUGUUAGAGUUGUCUCUCUCUAUCCAUCGGAAGUAGCCUAUGUUCGCGAUAUAAGAAUAAGAAGAGCGCGAUAUAAGAAUAAGAAGAGAUCACAUAUAUAAGAAAAAGUAUCAUAAUAGUACACUAGCUAAUAAUCUUGUAAUAAUAUCGAUAAACGAUUUCCGUUGAUGUAUAAGCACGGCGGAUCUAGAACAAAGGUUGACACAAUGUAAUUAAGUUUUCAAAGCCAACACACGUACAUUGGCUUUGAAACAGAGUCUUGUAUCAGAAACAGAAUUAUUUACGCCAAACGUCUCUUUCUCUUUAA